AUGAGCAAAGUUAAAUUAAAUAGAAACUUUUCAAUAUCAAAAUACCUGUUAAUAUUCUUAAUAAUAAUAUUUGAGAAAAUUUCAUGUGAAAACUUUAUUUCAGUAAAAGAUGAAAAUGAAUUAACAACUAACUAUCCUGAUAGUGGUAGUAUUACUACUAAUAAUGGCAAUGGUAUUCAUAGUAAUAGUUUAAAGAAUGAAAAUGUAAUUGGUUCUAAAAUUACAUGGAUGCCUACAAAAAAGUUAUAUUUAUGUGAUAAUUACCAUUUUUCAGUAACAACACCAAAUUCAUAUAUAUACCCAAAAUUGGAGAUUAAAAUAAUAGAAAGUACAUUAACUCAAGGAUUCACCAUUUUUUUAAGAUGUGGAAAUUUGGCAACACCUUAUAAUUAUGAUACUAGAAUUGACAUUCCAAGUGGUAUUAGUAAGGGUUCAAUAUUGGAUAGAAAAUUACCUUUAUGUAACUUCCCACUUUUAGAUAAUAAUGCCUAUAAUAUUGACAUUUACAUUGGAGAUGUUGAUAUAGAAUUUACUAGAAGACAUUAUUGUCCUUGUUCUUCUCAAUAUGUAAUUUUAAGCAUUGGAUGCUUAGUUGAAUAUAAUAAUAAUGAAAUUAUUACUCUUUCUCCUUCUUCAGAAUAUAGUUUAACUGGUCCAAUAAAUAACAAAGAAAAGAAAGAAGAAUCAACUGAUAGUAUUAUUAACAGUAAUAAUUUACCAUUGAAUAAUUUGAAGAUAUUUUCAACUCCUGUUUGUGUAUUAGAGAAUGACUUUGUUACAAUAUGUAAUGCUGUUUUACAAUUUUCAAUUCAGAUUGGUGAAAUGAAUGUUAAUAAACAAAAUAAAGGAAAUGAUUCAAUGAACAAUGUUUCACAUAAUUUCUGCAUUUAUUUGUCGCCAUAUUAUUGGAAUGAUGAAUUAUUGGAUACAAUAAAUAAAAAUAACAGAUUAACUGAUAGAGGGUAUUUGUUAGAUAGAAAAGAAAAUUACUCCAGUGGUAUGAUUAAUAAUAAUAAUAAAAAAUCAUUGGCAUCAAUACCAGCAAUAGAUAAGCAUUUAACUUCAUCACUUUCGCCAAAUAUAUGUAUUGACUUAAAGAAAGAUUUAAGUGAUAAUUUAAUAAAAAAUGAAAAUCUUCCUCCACAACUCAGAAGUAAUAUUGACUCAAUAACAAUUAAAGUAUUUGCAAAUGAUGGAAAUAAAUUAACAGAUAAUGAAGAUCCAAAGAUGAUCAAAGUCCAUUUUAUUUUAAAUAAUAUAAAACCAUCAAAAUACUUUAUAUAUCCAUUUAUAUUCCAAUAUAAUACAAGAUCAAAUAUAGACUUGGAAAUGUCAGAGAAUAGUAAUAUAGAUAGUUUUAAUAUGAAGUUCUUUUAUGAUUUGAAUUAUACACAAUUAACAGGAGAUCCUUUUAUUGUAAAAUGGUUACCAACGAAAAUUAAUCCAAAUUAUAGAUUGGAAAAUAUUCCAAAAGUAAUAGAAAGCGAGAAUUUGGAUAUUAAUGUUAAAUUGAAUGAACCAUUUUAUAUAGUAAUACCAAAAACAAUAACAAAUAUUCUUUCUUUUGAUAGUAAUAAUUUGUUUUUGUAUAUAAGUAAUGAGCUAUUGUAUUUAUUUAAUAAAUAUAACAGCUCACUUAUUAUUGAUUAUGUUGGAUUACUUGGAAGAUAUCCUUUAUAUAAUGAGAAUAAUUAUAAUUUAAUAAAAGAUUAUGAAUUAAAAGAGACAAAGAUAUUUAAUAUUGCUUCAAAACCAAAAUUAAUUGACAAUUCUUUAUUACAAAUAGCGAAUAUUUCAAUACCAUUAUUAACAAUAAAUAACAAUCUUCCAUUUACUUUUAAGAUGAGUAUUAAUACAGAUAUUAAAUCAACAGAAAAUAUCCCAAUAAAAUCAAUAAAUAUUCGAAUGAAGCAUCAAAUUAUACCAACAACAUGUAAAGAAUCAACAUGUUCAGGACAUGGUGACUGUUCACUUAUUGAAUACUCAAAUAAUAUUAAUAUUUACUGCUCUUGCUAUCCUGGAUGGGGUGGUUUUUAUUGCUCAUAUCCUUAUUUAUCAAGCCAGUCAAUACUUGCUUAUCCAAUAACGUUAGUAGGAACAAAUUUUGUUGCUAUUCCAACAAUUUGUGUAUGUAUAUUUAAGAAGAAAUGGUUAGUUGCUUUUCUAGCUUUUAUUGCAGGUUUGGUAUCAUCAAUUUUUCAUGCUGCAGAAGUUGGUCUACUUGUGGAUCAUGAAGAUAUACUUUUAAAAGGCGAUUUAAUUUCAGCCCAACUUAUAAUUUCUUUUGUAUUUAUAUUACUUUGCAGGUUUAACUAUAAAAUUGAGAUUUCACUUUUAAUUAGCCAAAUACUUAUUCUAAUUAUUUUGACUUUAUUAACUUCAAGACUUAUAACAACAGUAAUUCCAUUAAUAAAUUGUUUUACAAUAUUAUUUUCAAGAAUAAUAUAUUGGUACAAUACAACUAAAUUGUAUAGUGAAAAAAUCCCAACAGAAUUUUCACCACCUAAUCUUGAAAUCUCAUGUGCAAUUCCCAUUGAACUUACUAAUACUUCAAAUACUCCAACUUAUUUAAUUUCAAAGAGUGAAAAAAAUUCGAAUAAUAAGGAGAUGAAUUCACAUCCAGUUAAUCCUUCAACUCCAGUUUCCAAUUGUAUUGAAAAUUGUAAAGGUAUACAAAAUAGCCAUAGUAAUGCUCAAUUUGAUAUUUCAAAAGUAAAUGAUAUUAUUUCAUUACAUAAUAUUGCUCAAAAUUCGAAUCCUAUUCAUAAUUUGAAUUCAACAAUUCGUAAUGCAAAUAAUUUUAUCAUUCGUUUGCAAUAUUCCAUUAUUAAUGCUUAUAAAAAACUUAUUUUUAUAUUUGACCGUGAGUAUUACUCCCCUAGACACAUAUUAAUUGGAUUCAUUAUGGGUGGUAUUGGAUGUAUUACUUGGUUUCUUGAGACCGUUGAUACUUAUUGGUUCUUCCAUUCAAUAUGGCAUAUCAUGGCAUUCCUUGCAAGUACUUUUAUUGUUCACGGAUGUGUUCCACCCAAAAUUCACAUUUUCCCUGCAAAAAGCCAUGAUUUUUCCUUUAAUAAAAAGAUAUUCCAAAUAAAUACCACUAAUAAUAAUAAUAAUAAUAAUGUUAAUAAUCAUACAAAUAAUAAUUUUAAUCAACAAAUUGAUAUUGCUGAUGGUGUAAUUAACGUUGAACUUAAAUAA